AUGUGUCUGGUUGUGGUAUUCUCUGGGGUUAACCACCAUAAUCAGAGUAUUGUGUUUGCUGCUGCCAUUGUUGUAAAGGAGAUUAAUGAAACAUAUGCAUGGUUGCUGGAACGCUUUCUUGAGGCGAUGGGUGGCAAGAGUCCAAUUUCUGUGAUUACAGAUGGUGAUAAUGCCAUGCUCAAUGCUAUUAAAAAAGUAUUUCCAAAAGCUCGUCAUCGUCUUUGCACCUUGCAUUUGAUACGCAAUGCUACCGCUAAUGUGAAAAACCUGCAAUUUGUAACAAAGUUUAAGCAAUGCAUGCUAGGAGACUUUGAUGUCAGUGAGUUUGAGCGCAGAUGGGAUAAGAUGGUUGCCGAGUUUGGACUUGAAAACAACAACUGGGUUUUUGAAUUGUAUUCAAAGCGGGAUAUGUGGGCAACAACCCACAUUAGGGGUAAUUUCUUUGCUGGAUUUAAGAGAAUGUCUCGAUGUAAGGGACUACACUCAGAAUUCAGUAAGUAUGUAAAUUUAAAGGAUAAUUUGUUAGAUUUUAUGCAACAAUUUAUGCGUUGGAUAAAUUAUAUGCGGUUUAGAGAAGUUGAGGCAGAUUUUACGUCCUCAUUUGGGGAUCAUGUGUUGCAAUCACCAUUGCAUAAGUUGGAAGAGUCUGCUGCAAAUGUGUACACGCGUGAGAUAUUAAGUAUGCUUGUCCCAAUAUUUAAUAGGUUGUGUACAUGUAGGGUGAAAGCCGGAAAACAAAGUGGUUCGUUAUUUAACUUUUGUGUUGUUAGGUAUGGUAAGAAAGGUGUCAAAUGGAAUGUCACAUUUUGUCAAGCAAAGCUCGAGUUCAAGUGUUCAUGUCUAAGAGUGGAGUCAUAUGGUAUUCCUUGUGAACAUAUGAUUUGUGUGUUUGUGUCACUUGAAAUUGUUAACAUGUCAGGGUGUGUCUUCAUGCCUAGAUGGACUAAAUCCGCAAAGGAUUCAUUACCUGGUUUUGAAGGAACAAAUAAUUCUUGUAGUGGUCCUGCUUCGGUUGGUGCUUUCUUGUGGAUUGUCGAGUCGUGUAAGAGGAUGGCUAAUGUUGAAAUGGGUGAAAAUUGA